AUGACUGUGCAAAUUUUGAUUGUAGUUACCAGUGUUGCUAAGUAUGAAAGCGGAAAGCUGCCAACAGGCUUGUGGUUAAGUGAGUUGACACAUAUGUAUCAUAGUGCAAAAGAGAACGGCUAUGAUGUGACGAUUGCGAGUCCGCAAGGCGGAAACAUUCCGCUUGACCCUGAAAGCUUGAAAUCAAUGCUGAUUGACAAGCUUUCAAAGGAUUAUGAGACAAACCAAGACUUUAUGAAGUUGUUGCAAAACACAAAAAGUUUGGGUGAAGUCACAGGACAACAGUUUGACGUUGUUUAUUUGGCAGGUGGACACGGAACAAUGUAUGACUUUCCGAACAACACUGUUUUACAAAACAUCAUCAAAGAACACUAUGAGGCGGGCAAAAUUGUUGCCGCUGUAUGUCACGGAGUUUGUGGGCUUUUGAACGUAAAACUGUCUGAUGGCGAGUAUCUAAUCAAAGACAAGGCCAUUACAGGAUUUAAUUGGUUUGAAGAAGCUAUAGCAGGACGCAGAAAAGAAGUACCGUUCAACCUUGAAGCAGAAUUGAAUAAAAAAACUUCAAAAUACGAGAAAGCUUUUAUCCCAAUGACGUCAAAAGUGGUCGUGGACGGGAACUUAAUCACAGGACAGAACCCAUUCAGUUCAAAAGAAAUUGCGAAAGUGGUAAUGGAACAACUGAAGCAAUAA